ACUCGACAGCUUCUGCCUAGUCUGAUCUAUUUUGUGAGAGAGGGCUUCAAUAGUGAAGUGGGUCUGUCUUAUCCUAUCACUAAGCAGUUUGUUUUGCUCGUUCCUAAGAAUCCCUUCUGCCCUGUGUGUGCUGACAAACUACCUGGGAGCUCCUCCCAUUCAAUCAGUGGUGAACCAGGUGGAACAAAUCUUCCAAGCAAUCUGGGCAUGCCAGUACCUGGCUCUGUUGUUGUCUUUAGACAGUGGAAUGAGCAUAAAGAGCACCACAAAACCAAGGAGACUUCAUCUUUGAAAUCAAGGUGUUUGUGCAAGAUCAAGCCCUCCACAAAACUGUGAAGGACAGCCGUCCAGCAGGGGGCGGUAAAUGGACCAAUCAGCUGCUUUGUCUCAGUGACGUUCACCGGAAGUGAAACUAAAAGGCGCCAUCAGCAGAGUUCGUGGACUCAGCAGGAAGACGGUUGUGUUUUCGUUUCUCAGCUGAAUCUCUGCGUAGUUUCAGCAACAAUGUCUUCAGUUCAGCAUCUGAGAGAGUUUAUCAGAGAGCGACUAACUGCUGCUGCUGAAGAAAUCUUCUCAGAGGUUGAGAAAACCAUCGUCCGCUAUGAGGAAGACGCCAGACGGCUGGAAAGCUGCUGGAGACCCCAGAUAAAACUCCCCAGAAUCGACCUCCACAAGCCACAUUUCUCCAUGGAGGAGGAAGCUUCUGCCAUCCAACAGCUCUGCAACCAGAGGAGAAGGUCCAGUCAUGACCAGGAGGAAGCAGAACCUCAGUGGUCUGAAGAGGAACAGAUGGAACCAGAUCCUCCUCUGACUGAAGAACAGAGGGAACCAGAACCUCCAUGGAUUAAAGAGGAAAAGGAAGAACCAGAACUUAAACUGAUUAAAGAAGGAAAUGUGGAGCCUGGGUCUUCGUGGGUUAAAGAGGAACAAAGGGAUCGGGAACCACUAAUCGAAGAUCAAGAGGACCCAGAAGUUCCACUGAUUGAGGAAGAAAAGGAGGAAACAGAUUCUUCGAGGCUUAAACAUGAACAGCAGGAUCCAGUUCAUUUAGCAACUAAACAGGAGCAGAAGGAUGUCUGCAGCAGUCAGGAGGGAAAGCAGCUUGUCCAGAAGCAGUCUGUUGCUCUAAUGGAGACCUUUACUCUUCAGGAACGUGAAGGAGAACCAAGAACUGAGCAGCUUUCCUUUCAUAUCUCUCCUGUAGUUCAGACCAAAGAUCAGGAAGGAAGCAGCUCCACUGGGUCAGAGAGUCAGCCUCGUACAGAUACUAAGAAAAGGUCUUUAAAUUGUGACAUAUGUGGAAAGUCUUGGAAGAAGAAGAGUGACUUGGAAAGGCAUUACAGAACACACACUGGAGAGAGACCCUUUCGUUGUCAGACAUGUGGAAAAGGUUUCACUUGUAAAAAUCAUUUAAAUACUCACAGGAGAACGCACACAGGGGAAAGGCCAUUUUCUUGUCAGAUAUGUGGAAAAACUUACUGUCAUAGGGGCCAUUUAAAUGCUCACAGGAGAACACACACCGGGGAAAGACCUUUUUCUUGUCAGACUUGUGGAAAAUGUUUCACUCAACCAAGUCAUUUAAAACCUCACAUGAGAACCCACACUGGUGAGAGGCCUUUUUCUUGUCAGACAUGCGGGAAAAAAUUCUCCCAUCUGGGUUCUUUAAAUGUUCACAGGAGAACCCACACAGGGGAAAGACCUUUUUUAUGUGGAAUGUGUGAGAAAAGCUUCAUUCAAGUUGGCAAGUUGAAUAUUCAUAUAAAACAAAAACACAACAGUAAGAAGUAGCCAUUUUUUGACUUUCACACAGCCUGCAUCUAAAUACUUCUCUUUAGCCAAAGCGGAGGUCCAUCAGCAGUUACCAUAAGUGCUGUCCGAAUAGUGCAGUCAGUAAGGACGCAGGUAAGAAAUGGAUCCUGUAUGCCUCCUCUCACAGCUAAUUUAGCAUAGAAACCUCACAAUGUCCCUUUCUAGUGCCAAAAAGCUAUAAGGAAUUAGGGCUGGGCGAUAAUUCAAUAACGAUAUAUAUCGAUCGAUAGACGUGUGGCGCGAUAGGAAAAAAUAGGGUCGAUAAAAACUUCCUUGCUACAGUCUGCACGCCGUCACUAAGCGCCGCCCUCUCAAACCACAACACAGAGCAUGUGAAAAUGUCGCAGCAAGUAGCGGCGGAGG